ACAACAAUGGGCGAGAUAGAGGCAAUGGUGUACCUUCUGCUCGGUCUAUGGAUUUUUGUCAGGCUUAGAGCAAGUGAAGCGAGCCAGAGAAGGUUGCAGGCGGCGAGACACAACACCCGUGAGAAGUACAGGAGAGUCCUGGAGGCCAUACAGCAGUAUCAUACCGAAGACGAAAUCAUACGAAGAAGAAGACGCAAGAUGAUGGCUCUCUUGUUGCGAAACAGCCGCCGCCAGCCGUCAGUCUGGACAUUCAUGCGAGCCUCCCAGUGGUGGGACGUUAUUGUUCCUGCGUUCACAAACGCACAGUGGGUGCAGAACUUCAGGAUGUCCCGAGAAGUGUUACACUCCCUCUGCAACAAAUUGCGUCCUGCCAUGGAGCGACGAGACACUACUUUUCGUGAGUGUGUGCCCGUAAGGAAGAGAGUGGGCAAUUGCACUAUGGAAGCUUGCUACUGGCUUCCGACUGCAGAAGCAUUGGACAUCUUUUUGAAGUCAGCAAUACAACCGUGUGCAGAUGUGUGCAGGUUUUUGUGCAGCAGCAGAGACAUUGCUGGUACCCAAACAAUUCGCUAUCCUGACGAAGAGCGGUUCAGAGAAUGGCUGAUUACACUAAGUAUAGAUGGGGGCUCCCACACUGUGUGGGUGCUAUUGAUGGCUCCCACAUACCCAUCAUCGCCCCACAACGUCCACACUGACUAAACAGUAGAUCUACUGGGUGCUGAAACUGUCCACAGCUGUGGAGGUUGGCCACCCGUGGAAAUCUAAUUCCAGCAAAAAGGAAUGAUUGUGAUAUUCAGCUUGUGAAAUCUAUGGUGUUGACAUGCCGCGUGUUGCGACCUUGAAAUAUCCCUUUUAAUCUUAUUUGUAUUUUCAAUUAUUUUGUUGGCAGUAACAGAUUUAAACAAUAAGUAAAUGUUUUAUGUUUCUAUUUUGAUUUUGAUGCCAAAUAUUACUGUGAUUAAUGUUGCUACUAUGGGGUCAGAGUUCAGGAUGUGAUGUCAUCAACUAUCGCGAGGUUGGUGACCGGCGCAACCUCUGGUGAAUGUUUUUGGUUAGUUUUCUCUCGUGCAUCUGUGCUCAUGUUUGUGCCUGCUUUGUGGAAUCAUUCAGAGAAUCGGGAAUAAAAAAAAGUUGCUUGUCUUUUUAAGAGGGCAACACGCGCUCUGCAUAAUUUGUGUGAAACUUACGGAGAGACUUAUGAGACUUCAUGGGAUGUGCCCAUAGCUUCUGCACCACAGCCAGUGGUGGCAUUGUACGAAAAGCGCUGAUGCAGUGCAUCCUAAACAACAGUUAAAUGUUAUGUCCUUUCCAUUGCGGGCCCUCGUGUGGUUUUUGUUGUAUCACAAUGACAUAUUUCAAU